GAGAAAUGAAUAUUAAAAUAAUGAAUGAAUAUAAUAAGAAAUGAAUAUUAAUACUUUUAAUUACUCUAUGGUCAACCUGUUUGGUUUUGGUGCAUGAUCCAAAAACUCAAACUUGUAAAUAAUCAAACAUUUAUCCAUAUUAUGCAAGGGAUCUAAAUAAGAAUGGAUGAAGAUUUACCUCCUCUUGAAUGUGAAACCUGUGGAGGCACAGAUUUCUACAAAGAAGCUGGAUAUUUUUAUUGCUAUGAGUGCCAAACUCAAUCCCAACAAGUUCGAGAACAUGUGUUUGAACAGGAAGAUGGUGCAUUUAAUAAGAAAUCAACAAAAAAGAUACAGAAGGAUAAAACAAAACCAGUUGACAUGCUUACAAGUUGGGAAUGUUACAAUAAUAUUUUAAAAGGCCUAACUGAGGAAUUAAUACAUAUAGGAGUAAAGCCUGAAAUAAAAGCUGUAGUGCAAUGUUUGUGGCUAAAAUACUUGCAUAAAAAUGAAGUAUUUGAUAUUAAAAGUGAUAGGGCGCCAAAAGUGUCUGUAUUAGGACCAAAAAAAGACAUAUUAAUACUCUACAAUGUAAAAAGACGCAAAAGAAAGAGAAGCAGAGCCUCAUCAACUUCAACAUUAAGUGCCAAGAGACAAAGAUCAACUAAGAAGAGAGCACUGAUUCACAGUGAGUUUGAGGAGUUAUCUCAAUCACAAACUUUAACUCAGGACAGCUCCCUACAAAAUGAUUCUUUGUCGAGCCUAAGAACUGGAUCAGAGUCAUCAGAAAACUCAAGAAUUGAAUUUAAUAAGUACAGCAAUAAAGAGCUAAAGAAAGUUAUGUCGAAAAAACAUCGAUUGGAACACAACGAAGAUCUGUACAGAGACUUGAGUUGCCAUAAAUUAAAAACAUCAAAUUUCAAAGCAAGUUUUUUUAUGGGGCCAAAUAAUUUAACAUUAUUCACUCUGUACAGCAUUUUAUAUCUUGCCAUGCUUAUAACUGGAGAUUCUGUUCAAUUAGGUGACUUUUUGAGAUUUAUCAGGGAAGGACAUGUAAGCUUUGGAUGUUUUAGACACUUUUUUGAUCAAGACAUUGAUGAAAGAAGCCUUAAUUUACCCAAAAGACAUGAAAGGUUGUUUUCACAUGGAUUUUUUAGGAAAAGAGCUGCUCAGUUGGCCCAUUUUUUAAAAGUAGAGUCCUACUUAGUUCAGCCGGACCUCAUUGCCUUGUGUGAGAGGUAUUGUCAUGAGUUAAACCUUCCUAAAGACAUUUUUCAAUGUUGUGAAAAACUAAUAACACAUGUGAAGCCUAAGCUGCGCUUCAAAAGACAAGGAAAAAUUUUACCUAACUAUGAAGGCAGAGCAAUCUCUUUUAUACUAUUUGUACUUAAAAUGUUGUAUGGAUUGGACGGAAAAACUGAACAAAACUUUUCUGAAUAUGCUUCCUUGAUUAGAGGUUCUAAGAUAUUUUUUAAUUUUGAGCACUGGUUAGAGUAUAUUCAGUAUAGAUCUCAUAUAGUACAAAUUCAUCAUUUACCAACAAAUAUUAGCUUUGGUAAGGAUUUUAGCAGUGAACUUUACUUAUCUUACCUGAAAAACCAAAAUAUACAAUUUAAAGGCUCUAACAGACGUAUACAUGGAGAAGUAAAAGACUAUCUAACUAUUUUAGAAAAAGUUCUAGAUACUACUGAGUAUGAGAAACAUGGGGAGAUGGUGUUUGAACCAAGUCUGAUUCCAUUUACAAAUUAUGUAGGGAAAAUUUUAGAGCAUCAAAACGUACCAUGUAAUGAUAUUUUGUUACAUGACUUUCAAACGGAAUCCGUUGAACAUAUCUUAAAGCCUCUAAAAUAUUUGGAAGCAGUUAAUUGCAUGGAAACAAAAAAUGGUGGAGCCAAUGAUGAUAUAACUGUAAAAGAACUCAUGUAUCUCUACAAGGGCUCAAUUCUUGAAAGAAAACAUUCAAGGAAAAUCGUGGCUGUAAAAAUAACUAGCAAACAGAAAAGUGAUAGUCAUUUAGAGGAGUAUCUUUCCUCUACGAAAAAUAAGACUGAUGUAAAAAGGGAAGCGGGAGUCUUACUAUCAAAUUGGCAACAGGGGAAUAGUAAAAAGUUUUUACAAAAUAAGGAAUUAUUAAAAAUAGCCUCGUGUGAGGUUAAAUUAGAAAAUUAUAAUCAGUCUCUAAAACAGAAUUACAAAAAGCAUUAUAACCCAUAUGAGCGUUAUUGGUUAAACAUUUUUACCAAUCCUUUAAGUUAUUAUUUAGCCAAUAAAGAUGCUCAGGUAAUCUUGAAAAAACUACCUUAUAGUUUUCGGGUAGUAUUUUUGGAAUGCGCCAGGAUAGUUGAACAAGAUGUGGCAACAUUUUAUUCUGAGUUUUUGGUUACUGAGAUGUACUUAGUUUAUUUAGCUGAGUUUGGCAAAGGUAGAAAGGAAAGGGUGAAGCAUGCAGCAGAUUUUAAAAAGACUUUAGACUGUUGUAUGGAGUAUUGGUAAAAUCUUUUUUUUACCAGUAUCCAUAUACAUUUUUGUUACUAAAUUUUUUUAGCUUUUAUAGUUUUUGUUCCUAGACCAUAAAAAAACUUACAGUAUAGUUUAGGUGAAGUUACUUGGUAAAGCUCCAAAAUUUAGUAUAUACAAAAUACAAUCAACGAUAUGUAGUAUACAUAUCGUCGACGUUCUGGCAAAAAUCACAAAGUCCAAAAUGAUAGUUUCGAGAAAAAUGAGAUUUAAUGUUAUAAUUGAAAGCAAAAUUUCAUUUUAUAGAAAAGACUCAUACUAUAGAGAAUAUAUUUUAUAUAGUAUGAUAUAACAAGUAGCGACAUGCAGACUUUUUAGAAAUGACUAGAUUGAUUUUUGAUGUCUGAUUUUUGAGUGAGUUUUCUUGGAUAAAAAAAUUAAAAAAAUCCUAACUAGUAAAAUAUUUUAUUUCAUCAAAAUUAAUUUUAAAGUACAUUCUAGUUGUUGAAAAAUGCAUUUAGCUUAUCACUAAUAAUAAUUGAUCUUAAAAAAUCAUAGCAAACCCAAAAAAAAACUAAUCUUCUUCGCUUUCACUUUCUAUGCUGGGCUUAGCAUUUCUGUUCUGACAAGCUGCCGGUGUUGGUAGUGAUACCAGUUAUGAAAUUCCACGGGGAUUACUUCACUGUGCAUAACUUCUUCAAGUCGUUAUAUUUCUGGACAGAAAUAGGUAACAUCUCAGUAUAUGUGGUAUUUACGUGGUGAACGAAAUAGUACAGCAUAGCACUUUCACACAUUUUUCACUUUUAGCAUUUCUAUUCUGCCCACCACAUGUAUCGGAAAAUAAUGAGACCUCUGUAACAUGAUUGGGAAGACUACUAAGGUAUUCGUAAAGGCAUGUUGCUAUUUCUAAACUACCCCGUGCUCCAUUAACUUCAGUCCAUGUGUAACAGUAUGCGUUGUUGGGUGGAGCUCCUUCAUACACAGUUAAAUUAUAAGCGCAUAAUUUCCUACUGUAAUACAAUGGCGAAACGUCACUGCUUGGUAUUUGGAGGACACUUUGAAGAUCAAACGUCGCUGUAACAAAGUGGGGGUCAUUGCAUGCCUUUUCUUCAUCAGACCUUUUCGACUCGUUUGCAUCAGCUUCUCGCCUCUUAUGUUCAAUGUAGGUUGACUCAAGAGUAAUCUUUUGUUCCCCAUUUGAUGAUUGGUACUUCAUACAAAGCGCACACUGAUCUUUUCGUGGUUUGAAAAAUGAGUAAUUAUAUUCAUUACUAAACACUCGUUUGUAUGUUGUCAAACUUUUGGGAAUAUGGCCUUUCUCCUGACAUAGUUCCUUGUAGAGGUAGUGCAAUUUAGCUAUCGACAAUUUUGCAUCUAAAUAUUUUCUAUGAGAUGACUUUCUGCAAUAGUGUGACUCGGUUAAAGGGAAACUCCCGAUGUGAUUUGUAAUAAGUUUUUUUUCUUCUUCAGUGAUUUUGUUGGAGGGAUUAUGCCUACCUCGCAUGUCAUCUCCGUUAUACAAUCCUGUGGAUUCACUUUUGUUUGCAAAAGCUUUAUUUAGUGGUCCGUUACUUAUAGAAAGAGUCUUUAAAAAAAACUUUUGGCAAACUCUCGUUGGUUUAUCAUUUUUCAAAAAAUAAAACUCUUUGCAAUUACUUCUUGUCUUGGCGGUCUCUUUUCGAAAUCUUUGUCUUUGUGGAGUUUUACUUUUAACAUUUUGAAGAAUAAAAUCUUUUUUUCGAGAGUAUACUUCUAACUGCCAAUAACUAGAACACAACUGAAAUCUCUCCUGUUCACUAAAUUCUUCGGAACAUCUAAAUUUACAUUUACUGCAAUCGACAGACUGUGGAAUUUUAGCUGACGUUGGUCCUUUUUUUGUAACGUAGGGUUGACCAAGAUUUCUACAUUUUUUUUGUAAUAUUUCGAGCUCAUUUUUGUUUAUUUGCUUUAUUCCAACGGCUUUUUUUCUUGCCAUUUAGAGACGAAUCUAGAAAUUAAGACACAAAACUUCAGUAUUGCUGUUCACAAAAAAACCGUUGACUUACCUUCAAUUUCCUCAUCAGUUGCAGAGCAGUUUUCAUUAAUUGGCUCGUAAUUUUUAUCUUCAUCAUCACUACAUGCAAAAGGGUCACUACUUUCAUCUUCUUCACUGAUCUAUAAAUAUUAACGUCAAUCAAAAUUCUUGUAUAAAGUUAAAGGAUGUAGGUUUUACGUGAUUUUGAUCAUCAGUUAUUUCAAUAUAGGACAAUGAUUGGACUGGACCUAUCUUGGAAUCUAUUGCCUUUAUUUGCAUUGCCUUGAACAAAAAUCAACUGCUAAAUCAAAAGUUUCAACAUCUGGUAGUUUUUUUACAUACCUGAUUAUCUUAAAUAAUGUCUAGCUGUGAAUUUUGAGGAAUUGUUGAUGAACAAUGUGGUGAGGGAUACUCAUUACAGCUCCCGUCGCGGUUCGUAAUAAUCUAAAAGAACAAAUCAAUAUUUACGAAAUAAACUACAGAAGUGCUUAAAGUUUCUUACCUGUUGUUUCAGAGUUUCUUCUAAAUUUCGGGGUGCUAACGUUACAACUGAUUCCACAAUUACUUUCGGUUUUUUAUUGUUAUAUGCAUCUUUACCAAGUUCUAAUAUACGCUUGCCCCUACAGUCUUGCAUUUUUAAGCUCGUUUUUUGUAAAUAUAAUCAAAACUCACGAAUAUUUACUAAACAAUAACAUUAUUGUGAUUAAAAUGAUAAUCGUAAACUCAAAAUCAAAUGUCAAAUAAAUCACUAGGUCCAGGCUUAACAGUUGUUGGAGAUAGGCCAAAAGUCUAUUUAACGACUUUUGCCUGUCAUAAAAAGGUUCGUAUGUGACUUGAUGAUUAAAUCGUAGGUAUGCAACCAGCAAUACAUAUUGAAAUGGACUUAAUUAGGUUUGCCUGUCGAAAAUUGUUAUUUUUUGAGAAUGUUUGGUUUCAUUAAGUCAAAAAUACUAAAAAUGGACUUAGUGACUUGAACGCCGACGAUAUACGCAUUAAAAUAAACUGCAAAAUAUAUUACGAUAUUUAGUGAUCGAUUCCCGUAUAUAUUUACGGUCGAUUCGAGUCUUUCCACGGCACCCCGGCCCGUUCAACAAUCAAUAUUUGUCAGAUAAAGAAGAUACGACAUUCUCUCGAUACUGCUGGGAUUGAAUUGUGAACGGGCCAGGAAUAUUAGCCAGAGUCGCGCGGUCAAAAAUAGGAAAUACAAAUUAUUUUUUACGUUUUAUGAUUGUUAUUUUAAAUUUUUCUUUAAAUAAACGAAUAUAAGUAAACUAACUUGUAUUGCGUUCUAUUGUUUAUACACGUAGUUUUUUACUAGAUAUAUUAUACGACGAGUUAUAAAUUCCUAGCUCACUAUUGGGAUCUCGGUAAAUAUAAGAGAUAUGAAGAUGGUUAAAUUUAGCGCAAAGUUUCGCAUUUUUGAGCCUAAAAAUGUGCCAUUUGAAAAUUUGUAUAAAAAAUAUUUAAAUAUAUAGUUCUUGUUAGGGCGCUAUUGGACCACCCCUUUUGUACGUUGAAAUAAUGUUUCGAAGAAUCAACCAUUUCUUAAGUUGCAUGCCAUAAUAUAUAGGUCUGUAUAUGGUAAUAAUUAAAACAAUUUUAAAUUUGGUCAGUAUGUUAAAAUUAGCAUGGUGCAGACUUGGCUCACCCUAAAAUCGGUUUUGCGUUUAUACUAUAUAGUGUAGUUCUUGUUGUUAUUCUAUUUUUUAUAUACUGUUGAUGUUUUGUUUUAUUUACUUUCGUCUCAACUUUUAAACAAAAAUGUCAUUUUGGCGGCCUUUUGAUACUAGGGAUAAUAAAUCGAAUAGUUGUAAAUAUUUUUAGGCAUUUUAUAAUGUGUUUUGAUCGUUUUACCGAUAAAAUUAUAAGAGAGUAUCAAUUUCUUAACACGUGGCAUUUUAAUAAAUAUAUUUUAAACCUGAAUUAUAAUUUUUUAAAUACAAUAUACGUUAAAAGAUAUAUCGUUAAUAUUUUCUUAAUAUUUUAAUACAGUACCGUUUUUUAAGAUAAAAAUUCAAGGUUAAAUUGAAUUUUUGACAUUAAAAUUAAUGAGUCACUUAUUUUGGGUAUUAUGUCACUUUUAUUAAAUAUCAAUUUAGAAAAUACUAUCUCAUACACUCAAACAUUGAAAAGAAGAAGAAAAAAGACUUAUUCACUUAUCGAAACCUUUCGAGCCAUGUUUCCUUUAAUGUAAGUCAAUAAGUCUUAAAUACAAUUAUUUAAUUGAGGUAUAAUAGUUACCGCGAAGGAAUCCAAUUAUAAUUCAUGCCAAUGACGAAUCCAGUUCUGAAGCAAUAGAUAGUGAUGCUGAAUAGGUAAAUAUUUUUGGACGUAAAAAAUGUGGGUGCAAAAUUAUGAAUAUGUAGUUAACUUCACUUAUAUUUUUUCGAAUUUAUUUGCAUUUUUGCUCAAUUUAAUUUAAUUUUUUUGACAAUUUUUGUAAUAAAAAAAAAUUGUGUAAAAAAUAUGUUAAUAAAUCUAACCAUGAGUUUUGCGUGACUUGAUAAAUGUUUUUGUUGGUUGUAAAAAAACAUAUUAUUUACUAUUUAUAUUAAGCCAGAGAAACAAAUUAUAUGCACGCCAAUACCUUAUAAAGAAAACGCCGGGUGCUAAACCUUUUUAGUUUUUAUACUUGUCCAAGUAACUUCACCUAAACUAUACUAGAACAGUUUUAGUAGUCUGUAAAAAAAAGUGAUGAAUUUUUAAGAUUUGAUUUAUUAAAAGUAUUAAAUAAAGCUAAUAUUGUAAAAUAAAAUGAAUUUAAUUUA